CAAGAGAUCAGUCGGUGAUAUUUACAUGUAAUUGUAUUGAAGCAUAAAAUUAACCAUGAAUUUUGUUAAAAUUUUUGUUCGUAAGAUGAGUCAAAAUACAAUUUUGAAGCCUUUGAAUCGAGUUGGCGUUAUCGGUGUGCCGUUUGAAAAGGGACAAAAGAAAUACGGAGUUAGCAUCGCACCGGCAGCCGUAAGAGCAGCGGGUCUCAUAGAUGAACUAAAAGAAAUCGAUGGUUUAGAUGUAAAAGACUUCGGGGACAUUGAAACAAGUUCAUGCGAAAAUAAUGUAAAUGUCAAUAACAUGAACCAUUUACCACUAGUGUCGGCUUGCAAUAAGAAUUUAUCAGAACGUGUGUCACAUGUUCUCAAAGAUGGAAGAAUUGCAGUAACUGUAGGCGGAGAUCAUUCUAUUGGUGUAGGUACCGUUGAUGGACACUAUAACGUGAAUGAAGACAUGAUUCUAAUUUGGGUUGAUGCUCAUGCGGACAUCAAUACGAACAAGACUUCGGAAUCUGGUUCUGUUCACGGUAUGCCAGUGGCUCUGUUGGUCAGAGAGCUCUCUGACUAUUGGCCUUAUUUGCCUACUAUGGACUGGCAAGUUCCUAGAUUUUCAAUAAAAAAUUUGGGCUAUAUUGGUCUACGAUCGGUGGACAAAUAUGAAAGACUGGCCAUAGAAAAAUAUAAUGUUCCAACUUUCACAAUGGAAGAUGUUGAUUUACACGGAGUAGAAAAAUCCAUAACGCAUUUACUUAAAGUGUUAGACCCAGAAAACAGGAAACCUAUCCAUGUGAGCUUUGACAUUGAUUCACUAGAUGCUUUGGAAGCUCCAAGCACGGGAACACCAGUAAGAGGUGGCCUAACUUUACGAGAAGCAAUUAAGCUGAUGGAGAUAAUUCACGCAACUGGACGUCUGAGAGCCAUUGACUUGGUAGAGAUUAACCCGGCAAUCGGCAACGAGAAUGACAGGAAAAGGACGAUAGAAGCUGGUUUAUGCGUGUUGAAAGCAGCUUUAGGGUUUUCUAGGAAAGGCUCUCCUCCUAAAGGCAUAACAGAUUUGCCCAUACAAACAAUUAGUAAUAACUAAGACUUUGCUUAAAAUAAGCUUAGGUGUUCGUAUUAUAUUUAUCAGUUGUAAGUGCAUUAAAACCGAUGUCGAGUUUAAAAGAGGAAGAAAUAAAAAAAAUCGUUGGAAAGUACAUUGAUGAAAUACCUGACAUUGAAUCUCAGUAUGUUGUGAACGAAGGACUCUCCAAAGCGAUUUCUCAUUUCUUCAAAGGGAAAUUAAAAUCAUUUCCUUUAUACAAGAUAAGCUUAAAGAUUGAUAAAAAUCCUGUCAAAAUACCGUGGAGUCUAAGCGAAGGA